AAGUGUAUCUCAUUGGUUGAAAAAACACACCCCAACCGGUUGGUUGAGAAAGUGAACCCAACCCAUCACUCUUCCACCGGUACUAGUCGUGGCACGGUUCCCGGUUUCGAGCUUGAGUUAUCUUCAGAAACCACGUAUCGUCAAAACAAUAAUGAAAAAAAAGAUAAAAAAGCGAAAUUAAAAAAA